AUGCCGCCCAUUCCCAUCUAUGCUCACAGCCCCAUCAACGCGGCCAAGGCCGCCGGAGCGUCUCCCGAGACGGCAGCAGCAGAGAAGGCCCAGAACGCACCUCCUGACUCGAGCCUUCCGACGACCACAGCAGCCGCCAGUGCUGGGCCACCAGCCGCGGGCCCAGGAUACCCAGCAGCGCAGCCAGGAGCUGUGCCAGCCAUCCCGGCCCCAACGGGCGCUGCGCAGCGACAUUACUCACCGAUCCAGCCGACUCCAACUCAACCACUCCCAGGGACCCAGGGCCCACCGCCGCCUCAGCCCGGGGCAGUUCCAGUGCCGCCCGGAGCAGGCGGCCCACCCCCCAGGGUGACAGCGACGUCCACAAUUCCACCCCCGCCCAGGGCCGGGGAGACAACCGCCGCCCCACAACAGCAGCAGCAGCAAGCCCAGCAGCGCCCGCAGCCCAGCGCGGAACCUCGACGGCCUUCGCCCCCCCGGCCCGCGGCCGGCGCCUCGCCGCUGGAGCACCCGCCGGGCUACCAGCAGAACGUCCACGCGGGGGAGAUGGACCGGUACCAGCGGGCGCGGCAGGACGCGCUGGAGGCCGAGGAGCGGGAGAGGAGCGGCAGCUUUGGGAGCCUUGGCGGCGGCGGUGACGGCGCGGACGGGGAGGGCAUCUGGAGCUCCGCGAAGAAGCUCGCGGCGACGGCCGGGGAGAAGCUGGCAGGCGCCGAGGCCGAGGUGUGGAAGAGGGUGAACAAGGGGUGA